UCAUAACAAUUUUUUUUUUCAAAUAUUGGUAAAUUGUAACCUUGGUCUACUAUGGUUAAAUGUACGAAAAAGUUGUGAGCAAACCGGUUAUUUGUGCACUUGAGCCAUUUUCACCCCAAUUACAACUCUGCUGGAGUCUGCUCUGUCAAUCAAAUUUGUUUUGGUUAUAUUUCGCCAUUUUUGCUAUUUUUGGUGCUCUACUGAAAUUGCUAUAUCCAAGUUUCGAGCAGGCAGAGCAAUAUAAUGGAGUGGGCAUUUGUGCAUAAAAUCUGGGAAAAAUCGAUUUCGAGCAAUGUUGGUUCAGGUCAACCAUUGAAGGCUGCUUUGCUUUUAAAUUACGACCCAUUAGCCCCUUCUCGUCUGAUGUCUACCAUUGCAGAGCAAGAAGGUAUAAUGGCAGAUCCAACCGAAAUGUGUGAACUCAUCAGCUUUGUCAAGAGAAACAAACUGCAGAAGGAGAGCUUUGUCAUUGGACAAAAUCAAUAUCUUGUAACAUCAAUUCAUGAGAGUUGGUUCUGUGCAAGAAGUAUGAGUACUUCAAAACCUGCUGGUGAAGGUGCUAUUCUGAUGCAGACAGGGGCAUUCUUCUUGAUUGGAUUGUAUGAUGGCUCUAUUGGUUCAGCAUCCCGUGCAAUGGUAGUUCUUGAUCAGUUUUCAUGGCAACUUAAUCGAAGAAAUCAUUGAUUGCUUCUUAUAUAUGUCAUUCAAAAUAUGUUACAUAGAUCCAUGAUCUCUGCAUCUGAAUGAAUAGGACUUUUUUUUUUUGUUGAAAUCAGUAUUUCUUGAGCUGCAAAGUUGUAUCACCUCAACUAGUUCAUGUCUUCAUGGCAUUUGUGAUUUAACAGACAUAAAAAU